GUCACAGAGCGCAUGCGUGCCGCGGGGGAUGCCGGGAGCGCGCAGUGGCGGCAGCAGCGGCGACGGCAGUAACAGCGGCAGCUACAGCGGGGACGCGAGCGGGGCGGUGACGGUGUGGGAGGUGGUCUCACUCUUGGGAAAACUGCUGGGCACCGUCGCCGCGCUGAAGGUGGUUCUGUACCUGCUCCGAGUGUGCUUAGCGAUGGCCUGGAAAUCCGGCGGCGCCAGCCACUCGGAGCUAAUCCACAAUCUCCGCAAAAACGGAAUCAUCAAGACAGAUAAAGUAUUUGAAGUGAUGCUGGCUACAGACCGCUCCCACUAUGCAAAAUGUAACCCUUACAUGGAUUCUCCACAAUCAAUAGGUUUCCAAGCAACAAUCAGUGCUCCACACAUGCAUGCAUAUGCACUAGAACUUCUAUUUGAUCAGUUGCAUGAAGGAGCUAAAGCUCUUGAUGUAGGAUCUGGAAGUGGAAUCCUUACUGCAUGUUUUGCACGUAUGGUUGGAUGUACCGGAAAAGUCAUAGGAAUUGAUCACAUUAAAGAGCUAGUAGAUGACUCAAUAAAUAAUGUCAGGAAGGACGAUCCAACACUUCUGUCUUCAGGGAGAGUACAGCUUGUUGUGGGGGAUGGAAGAAUGGGAUAUGCUGAAGAAGCCCCUUAUGACGCCAUUCAUGUAGGAGCUGCAGCCCCCGUUGUACCCCAGGCGCUAAUAGACCAGUUAAAGCCUGGAGGAAGAUUGAUAUUGCCAGUUGGUCCUGCAGGUGGAAACCAAAUGUUGGAGCAGUAUGACAAGCUACAAGAUGGCAGCGUCAAAAUGAAGCCUCUGAUGGGGGUGAUAUACGUGCCUUUAACAGAUAAAGAAAAGCAGUGGUCCAGGUGGAAGUGAUUUUAUCUUCUGCUCUUUCUUCUUCCACACAUGCAAGGGAUGAAUUGUAAAAGCAACAUCAGCUUGACCAGUAUAAAAUUACAGUGGAUUGCUCAUCUGAGUCCUCAAAGCUUUUUGAAAACCAACACCAUCACAGCUUGUUUUGGACUUUGUUACACUGUUAUUUUCAGCAUGAAAAUGUGUGUUUUUUUUUUAGGGUUUCUGAUUCUUCAAAGAGGCACAGAGCCAAAUUGGUAGAGGAAGGAUACAGAGUAUAAAUUUGUGUAAUAUUACUUUAACAUGCCUAUAUUUUACUUGGAAAUAUUAAAAGAAAGGGUUCUGCAAAAUGGAAAACUUAGUUUGUCAGUUGAUUUUGAGGAGUGGUUUUUCUUUUCUUGGACACUUAAUUCUGUUCUGAUAUUAAUUUAUCAGAUUGCUUUUGUGCAUUGGAUAACACCACCAUUCACAAGUUAAGAUUCUUGGUAUUUGGAUGUCUGUUAGAUGCUACUAAGAAAAUAGAGAUGAGCUUUCUUUUUAAAGCUUUUGAUGUGGUGUCAUAGAAUAGCAUGUUGUAGAUACAAUCAGCUGCUUUGUUACCUUAAAACUAGGCAUUUGUAAAUAUUAAACCUUAAGAUGGCAGGUGAUGUCCUGUAAACACUCAGCUGUUCAGAUUGGACAUAACUGACUUAGUUCUUCCCUUCUCUCUCUCAAAAUUAUAGGAGACUUGUAGUUUAGUGUUGUUUUCUGUUUCUAAUGUGCUGCUGAUAAUGUACAUGAACUUAACAUGCUGUGUAAGCUGUGUCCCAGUUCUCGAACAGUUUAUGCAGUGCUGCUUUGCCAAAUAAAGUUAAAAGCAAAAGAGGCA